AUGUCGAUCCCCACCAAAAAGAGCAAGCCUUACUGCUACGCUGAUUCGCCCUUCAUGGAUGCGAUCACGCUAGCCGGCAUGCCCUACAAAUUCAUUAUCCCUAGCAUGAAGCCCUAUGACAGCACAACCGACCCAGAUGAUCACAUAGCCUCGUAUAAGCAGCAAAUGUUCACCGUCUUGAUACCUCGAAUGCUAAGGGAAGCUUGCAUGUGUAAUAGUUUCGGUUCAAGCUUAUCUAGUCCAGCUCUUCAGUGGUACACCAACCUCCCGAACGGUUCCAUCGACUCAUUCGCACAGCUCACCAACAUCUUUGUGGAGCAAUUCGCCAGCAACAAGAAACUUGAGAAACUAUCAGCUGACCUGUAUAGAGUAUACCAGAGAAGGGGGGAGCCACUGAGAGAGUACGUCAGCAAAUUCAACAAAGAAAAAAUUUACAUCCCUUCUUGUAACCCCGAGACAGCCGUAGACGCCUUUAGGAAGGGUCUCCUCCCGGAUGGUAAAUUAUGCAAAGAACUGACGAAGCUCGGUUGCACCACGAUGGAAGAUGCCUUGGCCAGAGCAAUGAUUCAAAUAAGGUGGGAGGAGGAUGAGAUGAAUCGGGCAAGUCAUGCUAGGUAUGACUCGAGGCGGAAUGAUAGAAGGCCAAAGUUUAGAUCGAUUGAACCCCGUCACCAACCCUUUCCAUGUAACCUAAACAAAGUCAGAAAACCAUAUGACCGCCAGCUACCUAGAAUCGACAAUAGACCAACCGGACUGAUCCGAUACAAAAUCCCAAAAUACAACCUCAACGUCGAACCAGCCCAAGUUAUGGUGAUCAUGAAAGGAAUGGGAUCUAGCGUUAAGUGGCCAGGCAAGCUCAAUGUCGAAGCAAGGAGAGACAUGACCAAGUGGUGCGAAUUCCAUGGCGACCAUGGACAUAACAUCGUGGACUGCAUUACCCUACGAUUGGAGGUCACUGCACUAUUGAAGAGGGGACAUCUCUGA